UAACAAAUCUCCCAAAACCUUCGUACGGUGCUUAGGACACCUAUUCUCCAUAUCCUGCUGGUCAGUUAAUCGCAUAAUUCUAAUCAACCAGAUCCCGAGUCCGAAUUCCACGAAAAAUACUCGAAAAUACUCGGAAAAAAAUGAAUAUAGGAACCCUAAUCCCGCAACUAGCGGGCCUCUCCCCCAACCCGCCGAGCUCGCGCCCGCCGGGGCUCGGCGGCCAGGACUUCACGCACUGCUGCCUGCUCGCGCUGAACGACUCGCUGACGGUGCUCCCCGACGGCAACCUAUCCUACUCUCCGACGUCGUUCGUCGCGCCGGGCGUCUCGCUCAGCUCGCUCGAGACGGCGAUGCGCGGCGACGAGUUCCCGUGCGGGGCCGCGUGGAACGGGGACGCGGACGGGGCCCCCGUCGUGCGGGUGCCGUACCGCUGGUGCGAGAGCCGGUGUCCCGGGUGGGAGAUCUCGCACGCGACCGUCAUGCAGCAGUGGGUCGGCCCCCUGGUCCAGUUCAUCGUGCCCAGCCUCGCCUUCUGCACCAACGUCCCGCGCACCCACAAGCUCGCCAUCCCCGAGAUCGUGUUCAAGGGCCACCCCCGCACGAUUGUGGGGCUCAUGACGUACUGGAUCCGCUUGCUGGGCGCCGUCGUGCUUAUGACCCUCGACACGGUCGUCUGGCUCGCGAUUUGCUUCGCGUUUGCUGGGCCGAUGCUGUUGAGUGCGGUGUAUGAAUACGCGCUGGAUCGCAAGGUGCUCGAGUUUCUGGCCCCGCCGAAUGGGAAGGCGCCGGUUAUUCCGGCGCGCUUGAGGGCUCAACUACUGCUUGCUGUUGUUGUGGGGAAUAUCCGGAUGGCGACCCUCGAGAACGACGAUUUUGGAAGCGAGAGCCGUCAUGAUAGUGCCCUUUCGACUGACCUCGAGGGAAAGAUACCGGCGGGGCCUAGUCGGACGUCGAGCAAGCUGGUGCAUAAUAGCGUCUGGAAAAGGGUUAUGGUGAUGAUCGACGAGUACGAGGCGUGGAGGUUGGCAGAUCGACCGAAUGAGGCAGUUGUGACACUACCGACUAAACUCAAGGCCCUCCUAAACGCACAAGCGAGCUUCGGAUCAACGGUUGGGGCACCGGUCUUAUUUUUCCUCGGCGGUUUCGUUUAUACGGUAUUGGACUCGGAUAACAACCUAGGUGAUAAUGACACUGCGCAUGCUCUGGCUUUCGGAUUGUGGUGGAUGGUGAUUCCUUAUCUUGCUAUAAUCUCUUGUGCGAUGUUAGCAUCCAACAGUCCCAGUACCCUCGACGGCAUCGUAUACGACGGAGGCAUCACGGCCCCGAAAGACGAAUACGCCGAAGGUGUCUGCAAGCAGUAUAUCAAAAAGGGUGAGAACAAGAGCGGCAUCGGCCUUAUUAUACGACAAGUCGAAGGCUAUAACCCGAUCGAGACCGCCUUCCAGGGCCGGUUCCGAACCGUCAAGCUCUGGAAGCGAGGCCUUAACAAGCGCGAAUGGGUUCAGGAGGCCAUCAGCGAAUACAUCGGAUCCAGGGGGUAUCGAGGCAAGGACCGGAUUCAGCCUGACGAAUUACGCAAGGCCCUCACGCUGAACUGGCAAGACUGCCUCUACAUUCUCGUCAGCGCUUUCUUCGCGGUCUUCGUGCCCUGCGCUCUCGCGUUCCUAGUCUCGUAUAACACGCCACAAGCCGGACUCUCGUGCCGCAGCCUGACGUACCUCGUCUAUGCCAUCAGCCAGGUCUGCGAGAUGGCGCUGUGGACAUGCGCCGCGAGACUGCGGAUCCGGUACGGCACGCGGUGGUUCGAGACGAAUCCCGUUGUGAAGAGGGUGUGUUGGUGGGGACAGGUGUUCGUGGGGUUCUUCUCGAUAUUUGCGGCCGUGGGCGGUACAUCUAUGCAGCUUUUGGGCGUGUAUCGAAGCUGUACUUGCAUGGUCCCUGUGAGAUACUGGCCGCGGCUGAACGACGUGGACGCGUAUAUCGUGCUGAGCGAUAACACCGCCGAAGAUAUCGAGGCUGCUCGGCGCUGGUGGACAGUUACGGGUAGCACGGCUGUGGGCAUUAUUGGGUUCGUGUGUGCGCUCGCGUGGUGGCAUCAGCGGCGGCUCCGGAAGGUAUUUCGUGAUGAAGCGGAUAAGCUGGACAACGACGAAGUGACGACUGAGCCAAUGCUACAACGUCCCGUGUUAUGAGCUUGAGGGUAUUCUACUGAUAGGUUAUUAUGGUCAUACUUAGUCUGCUGUUCUGGGAAAUCAACACAUUUCUAUUCAUCUUUAAAACCAUUAUCCAUCGCCCAACACACAAGGUUGGACAUGAUCUUAGCCAUCCCAUUUAAGUGCUUUGUAAUGUUGCGCCGGUGAUAUGCUUUCAAUGCAACCUCAUUUGGAUAUCUUCCGUCGU